UUAGUAUUAAACUCCAUAAUUAAUAAGCAAGUUGGUGUCAAACAUGUAUGGGCUGCAAAAAUACUAACAAUCGGAGAAAACAACAGGUGGUUGAGAUUCGUGAGUGCCACACGUGCCGCAAAACGUGUCUGUGGGCGCUGUUUGUUUUAAAUUGGUUGGAAAAAUGAUGCGCAAAGUGCCUUUAAUUGUGAUACUCGGUUCGACUGGCACCGGGAAGACGAAGCUCUCGCUGGAACUGGCCGAGCGCUUCGGGGGCGAGAUAAUCAGCGCCGAUUCGAUGCAGGUCUACACGAACCUGGACAUAGCCACGGCCAAGGCAAGCAAGGAGGAGCAGACACGUGCAAGGCAUCAUCUGCUGGAUGUGACGACACCGGCCGAGCCCUUUACAGUCACACAUUUUCGCAAUGCCGCGCUGCCGAUUAUCGAGCGGCUGCUGGCCAAGUCCACGCCGCCCAUUGUCGUGGGUGGCACCAAUUAUUACAUUGAGUCGCUGCUGUGGGACAUAUUGGUGGACACGCAGGAGGGGGACACCAACAACAGCAGCCUGCUGGCGGACCAGUUGGCUGAUGACGCAUUGGCUGGGAUGACAACUGCUGAACUGCAUCAGCAUCUGGCCAGCAUCGAUGCCGGCAGCGCCAAUCGCAUUCACCCCAACAACAGACGCAAGAUUCUGCGCGCCAUUGAAGUGUACCAGGGCACCGGACAGACGCUGACGGAAAAGCUAGCAGAGCAGCGCCUAAGGCCGGGAGGAAAUCGUCUGGGUGGGCCGCUGCGCUAUCCCCACACAAUCCUCUUGUGGCUGCGAUGCCAACAGGAUGUGCUCAAUGCACGGCUCGAUGGUCGGGUGGAUGGAAUGCUGCAGCAAGGUCUGCUCAGGGAGUUGCGGCAGUUUCACGAUGCGAACAAAGGCGUCACUGUGCAGGCCUACACCUCGGGUGUGCUGCAAACCAUCGGCUACAAGGAAUUUGUGCCCUACCUGAUGAAGCACAACGAGCAGCAGGAUGAACAGAUUGAAGAGUAUCUCAAGACUCACGACUACCGCCUGCCCAGCAAGGAAGAGCUCAAGCAGGAGGGUCUGCCCGAGGGCAUCGAUCUGCUGCGCACCUGCUGCGAUGAGUUGAAGCUGGUGACGCGCCGCUACUCCAAGAAGCAAAUCAAGUGGAUCAACAAUCGUUUUCUGGGCAGCAAAGAUCGCCAGGUGCCGGAUCUGUACGAACUGGACACCAGCGAUGUCAGCGCCUGGCCAGCAAUGGUCUACCAGCGCGCCGAGUCCAUAGUGGAGAGCUAUAGGAGUGGCCAACUGUGCGAGAUUGAGCCAAUGGCCAAGCGUGUGCAUCCCGGCGCAGAUCUCAAUGAGGAGACGAGCAACUUUUGUGCUACCUGCGAGCGGCACUUUGUUGGCGAGUAUCAGUGGGGGCUGCACUUGAAGUCCAACAAGCACAAGCGUAGGCGGGAGGCAAAGCGCAGAAAGGAGAGGGAGCAGGAAGCGGAGCGGCAGCAGUCAACGGCUGAUAAGGAUUUGUAAACGAAACGAAACCCGAGACCCUGGCAUAGCAAUAAAGGCGUCUACGUACCAUUUUGAGCGAUUUUCUGUUUUGUUUUUUGUUGCACUCGAGCUGAGCUCAGUGAUCUGCUGAUGCAAGCGGCGGUUUGGGUGCGAAUUCGAUAACCCCACAGCACUGCAGCUGCACCUGGGGGGCCUGUGCCUGUGGCUGCUAUCAACGACAAACCGCAGCCCACAGCCGUAGGUCGUUGCCUAGGCGUA